CUCGAACAAGUCGCCAAACGAUUGCUUGAGGCAGCAGGCAGAGCCGCCAGUGCCAUGUUCGAGUCGUUCAAGCAGCAAGGCAAGCGCCUCCUGGAUGGAAACAAUGAGCCGGCGUCCCCGACAGUAUCCCAGAGCGAAGACCAAGACUAUCAAGUGUCAUGUCCGUCCCUUCGACUGUCGUACAAGGAGCGGCUUCUUGGGUGUGGGAUUUGCUUUGUCUUGGGCAUGAUGUUGUCAUUUGGAUCGACAGUUCGCCUCGGCCAGCUUGUAGCAGGACGCCCAGCUCCCUUUGCGAUAUGCUAUACUUUGGGAAACCUCUUGUCGCUUGGAUGCACGAUGUUCUUUGUCGGCCCAGUGUCGCAAUGCAAGUCGAUGUUCCACGCCAAGCGGCGUGUGGCGGCUGCAAUCUAUUUGACGUUCAUUGGAGUCACCCUCGCACUUUGUUUUUCCCCAAACGUUCCCCAUCGAUCCGGACUUGUCGUCGUCACUGUGCUAGUUCAAUUUUGCGCGCUGUCGUGGUACACACUGUCCUACAUCCCCUACGGCCAAGCUGUGUUCCUCAAGGUGACCAAGCGGUUCUGCUGUCAACCAGACGUCGUGUAGGUAGAAAGAUCUACUGCGGUAGUGGCUAAAGAAGCACAUAAUUGAAUAUGUUAACACCUUCUUGC